AUGCCAACUCUCGAACCCUGGCUCCUGCUGGCGUGCACCCUGCUGCUCGCUGCCACCCGUGCUCCCGCGACGCCCUUGCCGUUGAAUCCGCUGCCCCAGGACAAGGCGGGGGGGCUGAGCCCGGCCGUACGGCAGCGCCUGGACGAGAUGAGCCGGGAGGAUGCCGGGCUGGCGAACGGAGCGAACGGGACAGCCGGGGCACGAGCCACCGGGGACUCGCCAGAGCAGAGGGACGACGGCCCCACGGGGGAAACCAACCUCGACGAGUACGCCUACCCGGACUACCGCGGUAAGGGCUGCGUGGACGAGAGCGGCUUCGUGUUCGCCAUCGGGGAGAAGUUCACGCCGGGGCCGUCCACUUGCCCCUGCCUGUGUACCGAGGAGGGUCCCAUGUGCAGCAAACCCGACUGCCCCAAGGUGCACCCCCGCUGCCUGCGCGUCGACACGAGCCAGUGCUGCCCCCAGUGCAAGGAGAGGAAGAACUACUGCGAGUUCCGCGGCAAGGUCUACAUGGCCCUCGAGGAGUUCAAGGUGUCCCCCUGUGAAGUGUGUCGCUGCGAGCCCAGCGGAGAGGUGCUAUGCACUGUGGCAGCGUGUCCCCAGACAGAGUGUGUGGAUCCUGAGUACGAGCCAGACCAGUGCUGCCCCAUCUGCAAGAGCGGGCCGAAUUGCUUUGCCGACACAGCGGUGAUACCCGCGGGCCGCGAGGUCAAAAUGGACGAGUGCACCAUCUGCUACUGCACCUACGAGGAGGGCACGUGGCGCAUCGAGCGUCAGGCCACCUGCAGCAAGAACGAGUGUCUGCGCAGCUAGAGGGGGGGCCCUGCAGGGCUCCGCCCUCCGCCUUCGGCCAGUCAAUCAGAACGGGGCGCGUUGCCGACCUGACUUUGUACCGCUUUUUAUAAUCCGUCUCAGAGGGACUUUAAUUUAUCUACCGAUUCCUGUGUGAAGCGUUCGUACGUUCGACAUAGAGCCAAGAGAUAUUUUUUAUAUCGACUGAAUUUUAAUACUCUGAGAGGCUGCAACAGCGGAAGAGACGGGAAUGUAGAGAGCUGACAGCGUAUGAACACACAAAGAACUGGGGCUCGCGGCUCCUUAACCGCGUUCAGACCAAACCGAGAACUUUCUGGAAAAGGA